AUGGAAAACCAAUCCAGCAUCUCUGAGUUUUUCCUCCAAGGAAUAUCCAAGUUACCAGAGCAAAAGCAGUUCCUCUUUGGAAUUUUCCUGCAUAUGUAUCUUGUCACUUUAACUGGGAACAUGCUCAUCUUCCUGGCCAUCAGAUCAGACCCACACCCCCACACCUCCACGUACUUCUUUCUGACCAACCUGUCUUUUGUUGACAUAGGUUUAACAUCUUCCACAGUUACCAAGAUGCUGGUAAAUGUGCAGACUCAACAUCACACCAUUUCCUAUGCUGGUUGCCUCAUACAAAUGUAUUUGAUGUUUGGCGAUCUGGAGAGCUUCUUCCUGGCUGUAAUGGUGUAUGACCAUUAUGUGGCCAUUUGCCGCCCUCUCCACUACUCGACAGUCAUGAGCCCCCAAGUCUGUGCCCUGCUGCUUGCAUUGUGCUGGGUCCUCACCCACACUGUUGCCCUGACUCACGUUGCCCUCCUCAUAGCUUGGCUGUCCUUCUCUGUUGCUGGGGAAAUAGCUCACUUUUUCUGUGACAUAACUCCUAUCCUGAAGCUGUCAUGUUCCGACACUCACAUCAGCAUGUUGAUGGUUUUUGCCAUAGGAGGCACAGUACUCAUUGUCCCCUUUAUCUGCAUUGAAAUCUCCUACAUCCACAUUAUAUUGGCCUUCCUAAGGGUCCAAACUCCUGGUGCAGAAGGCAAGGCCUUUUCCACCUGUAGUUCCCAUCUCUGUGUCAUCUGUGUGUUCUAUGGGAUGCUCUUCAGUGCCUACUUGUGCCCUGCCUCUGUUGCCUCUGAAGAGAAGGACAUGGCAGCAGCUGCAGUGUACACUGUGGUGACCCCCAUGUUGAGCCCCUUCAUCUAUAGACUGAGGAAAAAGGACGUGAAGGGUGCCCUUAAGAGGCUCCUCAGUCACAGGAGAAUUUUAUCCUCUUAG